GAUCAAACAUGCGUCUAAAAAAUCUAGAAAGCGAGCUUCAGGUUGUCGCUGGAUUUGAUAAACCUAAAAUUCAAUUAGAACAAUAUUGUACAACGCCGCACCUUGCAGCUCGUAUGCUUUAUACUGCCCAUACCGUUUAUGAUGAUAUUGAAAGUAAAGUUAUAGCAGAUUUCGGUUGUGGUUGCGGAAUUCUGAGUAUCGCAGCAAAUCUUCUUGAUUCAAAUUAUAAUUUAGCAUUAGAUAUAGACAAUGACGCACUUCAAAUUGCGAAAGAAAAUUGUUCUGAAUUUGAAGUUGAUGUAGAGUUUAUUCUCGCAGACCUUAUUUCCACUUCAACGGAUCAUUUACAAAAUAAAGUUGAUACAAUUGUAAUGAAUCCUCCCUUUGGAACAAAAAAUAAUGAAGGCAUUGAUAUAAUUUUUCUCAAAAAGGCUAUUGAAAUCGCAACAACUUCGGUCUAUUCGUUACACAAGAGUUCUACAAGAGAGUAUAUUCGUGAAAAAGCGAAAAACUGGGGAGUAGAAUGCGAAGUUCUUGCCGAGAUGAAGUUUGACAUUCCAAUGAUGUACAAAAUUCAUAAAAAAAA